GGACGUGUUCUCAAGUGAAAGCGGCUGAUCUCGGACGCGGCGCGCUCAGUUUCAGUUUCGCGCGCACCCCAAUCGGUUCGUUCGCCAACAGCUUUUCCGUUUUUUUUUCUUCUUUCUUUUUUUUCCGGCCACCCUCUCUCUUUCUUCUGAACGGGAAGUUAUAAGCAUCCCCCUUGCACGCCACUCGCGCCGAUAUACUCAGAUCGUCGUUGACUCGCUGAUUAAGACGAACACAUAGUCGCGCACCGCUUGGGUGAAGAGACCUGACUGGCCCGACUUCACCGACAUCUGUUUUCCUGCGGUUUUCUUGCACUUGUGCGGCUUUGCUGACGGGACAGCGUUUGUGAUCUAGGAGGAGCUUGAAUCGACUGUGCAGCAUUUCACCGGCGCUUUCGGACCGUGCUAAUCGAGAGUGAAGAGUAAUCUGUGCCAGUGGUGGACUUGUGCGGGACAAACGGACCUGUGAGCCGUUUCUACCCGUGGUGUCCUACAGCCGUCCUCGUCGUCUGGUCGUCGUCAUCGGCUGGUUUUUCGCCGCGUUUCAACGGUGCAGUUGCUUCAAAUUCAGCUUUGACGGCUUCCGACUGCCACCGCGGGGCGACAACCUCUUUACUAGGACUUGCGCAACCAGAUCUCUGCGUGACCAAGGCGACGUCGACAACGGCCCAGACAUCUGCCUUCUUCCUGAUGUCCUAACCCGACCGCGCCUGUCAAGAGAGACUACGCCUUCAGACGCUGCAGCAUGAAUCCUCAAGAUUGUGCACGUUACGGCGUGCAUAGGCCGUCAUUCACGCAGGCUGGGUUCAACGACACAUACAUCCAGCUGCCAAAGCAUAAGACUGUGCCGGGCGACGUGCUAAAACGCAUCGGCAAGUCGCAGUGCAACACCCGCCACUUGAAGCAUCAGGCGCUGAGGUUGCUACCCGUGUUCGGAUGGCUGCGGACGUAUCGCGUGAAGGAGUACCUGCUCGCCGAUGUCGUCACCGGAUUCACCGUGGCUAUGUUUCAAGUGCCACAGAGUUUGGGUUACACACUUCUCGCCUCCGUGCCUCCUGUUUUCGCCCUGUACAACGCCAUGUUCCCGAUGAUGAUCUACAUCAUUAUGGGCACUGUCAGGCAAGCAUCUGUUGGUGCCGAUGCUAUCAUGUCUAUGAUGACGGGUGGCAUUGUUCGAGAACUCAUCUCUGGUGACACCGGUGGUCAUCACCCCAUGGUUGGCAUACACAACGGCACGCACGCAGGACAAUACACAGUGACGCAGGUCACGUCUGCACUAUGCUUCACCAUUGGCAUUAUACAGUUGGUGUUUGGCUUCCUAAGCCUGGGCACGCUCAACGUGUUCCUCUCGGAGCAGAUGGUUAACGGCUUCGCUACGGGCGUGGCCGUCCAGGUGGUCAUCAGCCAGCUGGGGUCCAUCUUUGGGAACCAUGUGCCCCAUAUGAGCGGAAUGUUCACCAUAUACAAGACGUUGUACGCCUUCUUCGAGCAUAUCCACGAGGUGGCGUGGCAGACGACGCUCGUGGCUUUCGUCGCCAUCGUGGUCAUCAUGGUGGUCAAGCUGUUCCUCGAUCCUCCCGUGAUCCGCAGGCUCGGAAUCCCGCUACCAAUCGAACUCACCGUCGUGGUGCUCUUCACAGUUGGAUCCCACUACCUGAAGCUCAGGGAAAACUACGGCGUCGAAGUUGUUGGCACUAUUCCUGAAAAGUUGCCCGAGCCCACGCUUCCCAGCUUCAACACGCACCUCAUCGCAAGCAUCCUACCCGAGUCUUUUGCCUUGGCCAUCGUCAGCUUCGCCAUCACUCUCUCGCUGGGGAGAAUUUUUGGUCAGAAGCACGGCUAUACUGUGGACGCCAAUCAGGAGUUCCUCGCCCUUGGAGCGAGUCACGUGUUCUCAUCGUUCUUCUCCUGCUUCCCAAUCGCCGCAUCUGUGCCUCGUAGUGCCGUGCAAGAGGGCGCCGGUGGCAAGACUCAGAUUGUGAGUGUGGUGAACAUCGCCAUCAUUGUCUUGAUGGUCCUGUUCCUGGGUCACUACUUGGAGGAGCUGCCUAUAUGCGUCCUGGCGGCAAUCAUCGUGACUUCGCUGAAGAAGAUUGUCAUGCAAGUGCAGGACUUUAAACGCUACUGGGACAUUUCGAAGAUCGACGGACAAGUGUGGAUGGUCUCGUUCGGUGCCACCGUCAUCUUCGACGUCAUCACUGGGCUCGCCAUUGGCGUUGGCUUCUCUCUGCUCACUCUCAUCUACAAGAUCCAGAGGCCAAAGACUUUCCUGCUUGGUUCCGUGGCUGACACUGAGUUCUUCGUGCCCAUCAAGAAGUACCAAAUGGUCGACGAGAUUCCAAAGAUCAAAAUCUUCCAUUUUGGUGGCCCCGUUCACUUUGCCAACACGGAAUACUUCAAGGAACAACUGAACAAGAAGAUAGGCUUCACUGUCCGAGACAUUUUGAAAGCCAGGAAACGAGCUCAAAAGGGAUCCACGUGCAACCUCGCCAACCUAGUCAAGGACUCACCGAUGCUAGGCGCCGAGUCCAAGAACGCCUCGUUGAACUGCAGCGUGGCCGCGGACCUCUGCUCGUUGAAGUCGAGCAACAGCUGUGUCACCGAAAUGCUCGCUCUGCCCACCCACAUCAUCCUCGACUUCUCGCGCGUCUCUUUCAUGGAUGGAUCGAGUAUCGCCCUUCUCAAAUCGCUUAAAAGAGAUUACGACUCCGUUGAUGUCAAGCUCUUCAUUGCUGCAUGCUCUGACAAUGUCUUCGACUUCCUUCGCAAGGCGGAAGCGGUGGACUUCCUCGGCUCAGACGCUUUCUUCCCAUCCGUGUUCGACGCUGUUCAGGCAGCACAACAUCCGAACAAGUUCAUUGGAGCCAUUCCUGAGCCGCCACCAUCCAUCAUCGAGCCAGAACCAGAAGAGGAAUCUGAAGACUCUCAUCCAGAAGCAUCUGAAUUUCUUUGAGAGAGAUUCCGCCGUUUACAAGCCGCUGUCGUGACGUCACAUCUCGCUUUUGCACUUUUGUAAAUAUUUGUAAUAAACAUCCUACAUGUUUUUAGUAUUUAUUCAUAAACA